GUGGAACCAAUGAUGUGAUAGACUUCUGGUCAAACCCAGGCUACACACUCUCUCGUCUGCCAAUGGGAGGUACCACAAGUUGUCUAGCAACCAUUGUCUUACCUAAGAGCUCAUCUCAACCAAAGACUCUACAAUUAUUUGAUACGUUAAAAGAGGUUAUUGGUAGGACUGAUACUGGCGGUGCUGUACUGGAAGGAAUUAAUGCUGAAGGUCCUCUAGUGAAUGAUUUUGGUGGUCUCCCUGAGAGUGAGAGGGACAUGACAGAGACUGACUUUGAGUUAUUAAUAGACUCAAUACCAUCAAUCAAGAUAAUGACUAUUAGCCCACACAUUGAGGCCAGACACAAUUAUAAAAGACUAAAACUACUAAUUAAAAAAGGUAUAAAGCCUUCAUUGGGGCAUGAUAAAGAAGCAAGUGAGAGUGAGAUAUUAGAUGCUUUGAGACUAUCAAAGGAACCAAUGCAUAUUACACAUUUAUUUAAUGUAUGCAGCUUUCAUCAUAGACUCCCAGGAUUAGUUAACAUUGGUUUAGCAUCAGUAUAUCCUAAUUUACCAGAAUAUACUGACAUAAUACUGCCAACUGUUGAAGUAAUAGGAGACUUGGCACAUGUGUAAGAAUUAACAAGUAAUGUAUAUAAUUUAUGGCCAAUACCAUACAAGAUAAU